AGACGGACAGGGGUGACCGGCUGCAUUCUCCGUCCAGGUGUAGACGGGUGCAUGUGGGCGUUUCGCUACCUGCUGCGGUCCGCUGCCGGACGUACCAUGUCGCAGGGGCCGGCCCUCCGCCAGCGGCCGCCCAAGGACCCGCUGCGGCACCUGCGCACGCGGGAGAAGCGCGGGCAGUCGUGGGGAUCCGGGGGCCCGAACACCGUGUACCUGCAGGUGGUGGCGGCCGGCGGCCGGGACGCGGGCGCAGCGCUCUAUGUUUUCUCCGAGUACAACCGGUACCUCUUCAACUGUGGAGAAGGCGUCCAGCGACUCAUGCAGGAGCACAAGCUGAAGGUUGCUCGCUUAGACAACAUAUUCCUGACGCGAAUGCACUGGUGUAAUGUUGGGGGUUUGUGUGGAAUGAUUCUUACCUUAAAGGAAACCGGGCUUCCAAAGUGUGUGCUUUCUGGACCUCCACAACUGGAAAAAUACCUAGAAGCAAUCAAAAUAUUUUCUGGUCCGUUGAAAGGAAUAGACCUGGCUGUGCGUCCUCACUCUGCACCGGAAUACCAGGAUGAGACCAUGACAGUGUACCAGGUCCCCAUAUACAGUGAACGGAAGUAUGGAGAGCCCCAGCCAUCGCAGAGUCCAGAGAGCCCUCUCGGCAGGUGCAGUCCAGAGCAGUCUUCAGACUCUGGAUCACCCGAAAAUGAGCGGCACCCUCCAGAUGGUGUUAGCCAGAGAAUAGGUGGCAGGGACCCCUCCUUGGUCGUAGCUUUCAUCUGUAAGCUUCAUGUAAGAAAAGGAAACUUCUUGGUGCUCAAAGCAAAGGAGCUGGGCCUUCCAGUUGGGACAGCUGCCAUUGCUCCCAUCAUUACUGCUGUCAAAGACGGGAAAAGUGUCACUUAUGAAGGCAGAGAGAUUUUGCCUGAACAGAUCUGUACUCCUCCAGAUCCUGGUCUUGCUUUUGUUGUAGUGGAAUGUCCAGAUGAAGGAUUCAUUCAACCCAUCUGUGAGAAUGCAACCUUUAAGAGGUACCAAGGAAAGGCCGAUGCUCCUGUGGCCCUCGUAGCUCACAUGGCCCCAGAGUCUGUGCUUGUGGACAGCAGGUACCAGCAGUGGAUGGAGAGAUUCGGGCCCAACACCCAGCACCUGAUCCUGAACGAGAAUUGUGCAUCUGUUCACAACCUGCGCAGCCACAAGAUUCAAACGCAGCUCAACCUCAUCCACCCAGGCAUCUUCCCCCCACUUGCCAGUGUCCUCUGCAAGGAAGAGGGGCCAGCCCUCAGUGUGCCCACGGUUCGGGCGGAGUGCCUGCUCAAGUACCAGCUCCGUCCCAGGAGGGAGUGGCAGAGGGAUGCCAUUGUCACUUGCAAUCCAGAUGAAUUUAUAGCAGAGGCCCUGGAGCUUCCCAAUUUCCAGGAGAGCGUUCAGGAAUAUAGGAAACAUGCGCAGGAUGGCCCAGCCCCAGCAGAGAAAAGAAGCCAGUAUCCAGAAAUCAUCUUCCUUGGAACAGGGUCUGCCAUCCCGAUGAAGAUUCGAAAUGUCAGCUCCACGCUUGUCAACAUCAGCUCCGACACGUCUCUGCUCCUGGACUGUGGCGAAGGUACAUUUGGGCAGCUGUGCCGUCAUUACGGAGAUCAAGUAGACAGGGUCCUGGGCACCCUCGCGGCUGUGUUUGUGUCCCACCUGCACGCGGAUCACCACACGGGCUUGUUGAAUAUCCUGCUGCAGAGAGAACAAGCUUUGGCGUCUCUGGGGAAGCCUUUUCGCCCUCUGCUAGUGGUUGCUCCCACCCAGCUCAGGGCCUGGCUCCAGCAGUACCACAACCAGUGCCAGGAGGUUCUGCAUCACAUUAGUAUGAUUCCUGCCAAAUGCCUUCAGAAAGGGGCUGAGGUCUCCAAUCCCACACUUGAAAGACUGAUCGGUUCACUGCUGGGAAUAUGUGAUUUGGAAGAGUUUCAGACCUGCCUGGUCCGGCACUGCAAACAUGCUUUUGGUUGUGCGCUGGUGCACACUUCCGGCUGGAAGGUGGUCUACUCAGGGGAUACCAUGCCCUGCGAGGCUCUGGUCCAGAUGGGGAAAGAUGCCACCCUCCUGAUACAUGAAGCCACUCUGGAAGAUGGUUUAGAACAGGAAGCAAUGGAAAAGACACACAGCACUACCUCCCAAGCCAUCAGCGUGGGGAUGCGGAUGAAUGCGGAGUUCAUCAUGCUCAGCCACUUCAGCCAGCGCUAUGCCAAGAUCCCCAUCUUCAGCCCCGACUUUAACGAGAAAGUGGGAAUUGCUUUUGACCAUAUGAAGGUCUGCUUUGGAGACUUUCCGACGGUGCCCAAGCUGAUCCCCCCGCUGAAGGCCCUGUUUGCUGGUGACAUCGAGGAGAUGGUGGAGCGCAGGGAGAAGCGGGGGCUGCGGCUGGUGCGGGAGGCCCUCCUCUCCAGGGCACAGGCUGGCGGCCCUGAAGACAGGGAGCCCCAGCAGAAACGGGUACAUGCAGAGGAGCCUCAGAGUCCACAGAGCAAGAAGGUCAGAGCCCAGUGAAGCCCAGGAGUGAUCCUGAACUCUGAGGACUGUGCCUCUUCUGCUCUGUGCAUGGCCCCCGUGUCUGCUCUCCUUGCCUGGUGGAAACUAGAGAGCAGGAUCCAAUGAGGAGGUGUGGAGCUGUGCUGAGACCGGGGCUCCUGGAUGGCUGGUGCCUGGCACUGCUGUGGGACAGGAGGCUGCCAAAUGGAAGCAGGCAGGUCUAACUAACUCCGAUCAGUCUUUAAAGUCAUCUAGAAACACAGAGGGCAGCACCCACCCCUCGCCUACUCCAGCAGUGUGAUUUCCUCUGCAUGCCAGGGAAAAGCAAAGUAACAGGAUGGUGGGUCUGAGUGUCUCCGAGACUCAAGGAAUAGUAUUUCCAAAGCAGCAGCCACAAUAAAGAUUGAGUGGAUCCUGAGUUCUUUCCGCUUCAUCCUGGUGCUGCUUCGGAGCAGGGUCUUCUGUGUGCUGUGGAGAGGGCUCUCCAUGCCUCAGCAUUGUGGCUGCCAGGUACCCGGUGUGCCCUGGAAAGCAGCUCCGAUCGAUCACAGCAGGGACCUUUGGAACCUGUCCCCAGGGAGCCACCGUCCUCACCAGCUGUCUUUUGACAGAAGUCCAGCUGUCCUGGCUCACAGAGGUGGCAGGGUUUCACAUACUGUCAGGGCCUGGGCUGGGCCGGGGCAGUGGUUCAGGGACAUGGCAGUCCUCCCAUUGUUCUGGGUAGAAGUGGAGACAACAGAUUUGCUCUCUCGUGCCCCAUAAUGAGCACAAGAAUCACCCUUUGCCCUUGAAAGUUUUGAGAAAUGUCACAUUGGGCUGGCUCCCUUGCCUCCUUGCAGGAUUUAAAAGGAGGUUAAGUGCUUGAAAAUUGAGACUAUUUUUUUCAAAGUUGAAUCUAAUGUGUAGUUGUGUAUUCUCCCUACCCAGGGGAAUAUGGAAAGAGCUUUAAAUACUCAGGUGACGAGAGAGAAAGAUACAGGCCAGGGACUCGGCCUUCCGCAGUGGUGACCUUCAGGCUUCCUCCUGAGGCAGCACAUGCGAUCAAUGACUGUGUUUUCCACAGGUCAGUGGUUAAAACAAGAACGUAUGCCAAGCUCAGGGAUAAUAAAUCUAUUUUAAUAACAUUAUUUUUGACAACGCUUUGUACAUGUAUUUAAAGAUAACUUUCAACCCCCAGGCUCUUACAGAUUGGGGAUUGAACUGCCCUUGCCAGGAAGUGAGCAAAGCUGUAACAUCAGAAGUCUGCAGUCCCUCUCAGAGGACAGCUUCACACUGCUGGGAAAAACUGAGCAUUUAAAUUUUUCAUUGUACACCUGUACAUCAGUUUAGAUUGAAUGGCUCAAAUUAAACAAAUAUAGAGAGAUUUCAUAUGUACAAAUAUUAUAUCAUGUAUAGGUAUAUUAUAUCUAUUUUAAAAGGAUAAAAUUUUAAACUCUGACUUUGCAUGCAUGGCCCAAAUCUGUUUCUCACUCCCUUAAUCCCAAAGUGAAAAUGGGCUCCCCAGUGGCUCCCCUCCUCCCCGUGACUAGGUGGAACUUCGUGAGGAGGGACAAGAGGUGGAUGCUGGUGAGCAAAGCUGGCCACACUGCAGGCCAUGUGCAGGGGCCGGUGUCACAGUGGGCUGCCUCCAUUUUCCUCCAUGUGCUUCGGGGAACAGAAUUAUUGCUAUUCAGUUGUAACCUCUGGAAAGAAGAGACAAGCUUCAGGAACCCACACACCUAAUGAGCUGGGUGCUUCAAGGUGCCUGGAGGGGUGGAAUUACUCAGCUAAUGUUUUCGCAGGGGCAUGGAAGCUAUCUUUGGGGUAUCCAGACAUUGUCCAGAUCAUUUCUGAAAUUCAGAAGUAGGAAAUGA